AUGCAGAAAUCUCUUCCAACAUUCACCCUGUGCCGCCUGAAAACUGGGAUAUUGUGCGCAGAGUGCCACUGCACUGCCAAACAUGUUGACAAGGACAAUAAGAACCUACACCACAAGGAACCGCCCAGCAGCAAGAAGAAGGACAAGGAGCAAAGGGAGGAGGCUGCUAGUAAGAGCUGCACCUCUCCAAGGACCCCCUCAGAUGGUGACAGGGCUCUGGAGGAGGGUGUGGAUGACAGGAAGGAUGGCGAUGAGCAUCUGUUGGCUCGUGACUCAGAAAUGUCUGGAGGCACCGUGGUAGAAGCACAAGAGGACCUCACUGAUGGCUUUGGGCUGGGAGCGGAACCAUCGGGCUCAGAUGAGGGCCUUUGUGAGCAGCAGCUUUCUGGAGAGGUUAAAAUACCCUUUGUUGUUAUCCAACUGGCAGAUGGCACCCUGGUUGUCCAUGAGGAGAUCGGCCAAGUGUUUGGAGGGUAUGUGCGCUUUGAGGCUGCAGUGGGCGUCUCAGUGGUCCGCCAAGCAGCAGAGGCCAACGGUGUUGACUGCAGCUGGAUAAAUAGUCGGCCUGAGGAUACAAAAUUGACCGGGCGCCCCAUACAGCCCUUUGGCCUGAAGCUGGACACAGAGCACCUGGACAUGAAAGCCAGCGGAUGGAGAACCACGACUGGGUUCCUGCUGCGGCAGCCAGCCUCUGCCACCGUCACCUUCACUCCCGCCCUGGCCAAGUAUGGGCUGGCGCGGCUGCACCCGUUCCUAUCGCACGUCAUGGCGUUGAAGGAGGCGAACAGUGUGACUGCGGCCGUGACCCCGCUGGCCAUGCACAUCCCCUUCGAGGCCAUGACCAUUCGCGUGUCGCCGCUCAAGCUCCAGAUCAAGGGCAGCCGUCUCACUCGUGGAGCCAUCCGCUUGCUGGAAUUCAGGAAGAAGUCGGGGAAAGGUGGCGGCUUGGAGUGCUGGACGUCUGCGAUAGAGGCGGAUGUGUACAGGUCGGGCGAGCUGGUGUCCAAGCGCAUGGACGUGCUCAUCAGCAGAGACUUCCGCGUGUCCAAAGCGCCCCUGCACAUGGCCAUGUGGGGCCACGGCCGAGUGGACGAGGAGGAGGGCAGCAUCAUCGAUGCCAUUGUGGCCAUCCCAGAAUACACCCUGCACAUGGCAGGGCUCAUCGGCCUGCCCAAGGACUACAUGAUGCAGAUCAGCGCCAGGGGCAGCGCCUUCCGCCCCGUCAUCGACUGGUUCAAGGCGACCAAGACGCUGGGAGCGCUGAUGGUGGAGCGCAACGUGCCCACGCUGGGCAUGAAGGGAGUGCGCAAGUGGCUGGACAAGCGCUGCGAGAAGAAGGUUGCCAAGCAGGGGCCCGUGCCGGCCCCCACGCAGCCGUUGCCCUGGGACUACUUCCGCCGCAUGCCCCAGCGCCUCCAGGGCGGCCGCCGCCACUACGACCCACCCCUCCCCAGGGACAGCGGCCAGCCCGCUCCAGCCACCGCUGCAUCAGGCAGACCCAGCGGAAGGACCCUGUAUUCCAUGCCCACCAUGACGCCCGACCUGGCCGCUCAGCUGCGGCAGCAGGCGAUCGACCACGGUGGCAGCAUAGCAUCGGAGGACGAAGGCGAUGAUGAGGGCACAGAGACUGACAGCGAUGGUGAUGAGUGGCUGGUGGAGGACGAAGGCCGCCUGGUGCCUGCCAAGAACACUCUGCGCAUCGGACACCUCACAAAGCCAGAGGUCUGA